AAAUUCUUUUCGUCUUUCAGUUUGGUGAGUUCCCAUAAAUUUUCUGGACUUCCCUAAUCCGAUCAGCCAAGGAUCCCCCUUCUGUAAUAGGCUUAUGGUCAUAGUGUCAUGUCAUAGUAGUUAUUUUAUUAUGUUAUCUUGUAUACAGGGACCUAAUCACACUCAUUCUGGGGAUGGCCACGACAAGCUAAUGGGUUUCAUGAAUAGCACUUUUCCUUUAGCUGUUUACGGCUUGCAAGAUGCCUUUAGUGGAUACAUUUUGUAUCUGAAAUUAUGGACCACAAACUCUGACCCUAAGCUUAUUGGUCGUUGGUACAUGGAUCAUCUGUACAAAACAAAAGUGAUCAGUAAAUAUCUGAGGCUGGAUAAAGGAACUGAGACAGGGCACAUGGCUACUAUUCACGCUUUUUUAAGGCAAGAGCAAGAUGAGGAGGCAGAUACAGUUUUUUAUGGUCCUUCAACAAAUAACAAGAUAGAAAGAUGGUGGCGAGACCUGCACAAUAGAUUUGAAAGAUUUUUCAAGAGGCAGCUCACUAUGUUACUGGAACAAGGCCACUAUGAUCCAAGUGAUCAACCAGACAGGCACCUAUUGGCAUUCAUUUUUAUUCCUGUCAUCCAGAAAGAAAUGGAUAUCUUUAGGGAAACUGUGUGGAAUUCACAUAGAGUAAGGAGCCAAAAGGAUGCUCAGAUGCCUAAAGGGAUACCAUAUCACCUGUACUCGUUCCCUGAGCAAUACAAUGCAAAUGAGUGUGGUUUGCAAGUCACUUUAGAAGCACUGGAUGAGGUUGCUUCAUUAUCAGGUGUCAAGUCAGUUGUAGAUGACUACUUACCAAAAACUGUGAGAGAGAGCUGUGAACGAAUUAUUCCCAAUAUUGAUGGGGUGAAGCCAGCCGAGGCAGCAGAUGCCUAUCUUUUCUUAAAGGAGAAGUACAAAGAGUCAUCACCAUCAGCAUCAUCAUAAAAGUGCAUUUUAUUGUAACUUUUUUUCCUUAUACCGGUAGUUCAAAUGUGUAAAAAACAUUGUCCAACAAAUGGUCCAAGGACAAAGAACUACAGACUUAGUAACAUUCAUGGACGUUGUAAAAAAUGCCAGUGAUAAAAAAGAUUUGUUAUCUUAAA